UCCCGCUGCUGUCACGCUCGAAGCAGAACACCUUGUGACGUCACGCUCCAGUCUGUUUUGGAGAAGGGGUGGAAGAUGGCGGCGUCCAAGGUGAAGCAGGACAUGCCUCCUCCGGGGGGUUACGGUCCCGUUGAUUAUAAGAGAAAUCUCCCCAAAAGGGGACUCUCUGGGUAUAGCAUGCUCGCCAUUGGAGUCGGUGUCAUGUGUUUCGGUUAUUGGAGACUCUUCAAAUGGAACAGGGAGAGGAGGCGGUUGCAGAUUGAGGAACUGGAAGCAAGGAUAGCUCUUCUGCCUUUGCUGCAAGCAGAGCAGGACCGGAGGCAACUACGGAUGCUGCGGGAGAAUCUGGAGGAGGAAGCAGUCGUAAUGAAAGAUGUCCCCGGCUGGAAGGUGGGAGAGAAUGUCUUCCACACAGACCGCUGGGUGGCCCCCCUCACAGAGGAGCUGUUUAACCUUAGACCCCGGGAAGAGCUUCUACACAAGCGCUUUGGCUUCCUGUGGUACGUGUAGUCGCCCCCAGUCCAACCGCGUCACUACAGUACUCCUCGGCUACUAUACCAGUCACAGCCACUAACCUGUUGACCUGAGUCCACAACUCAACACAGCUUGUAAAUGUUCUAUAUUAAAGUGAUCUUUUCUGUACCUCA